CUCGCCGAGCACGCCGCGCACCCAAGAAGAACGUAUGAGGGAAAUGGGGCGAACAGGCUCCACAAUUAAGAAAUGGACAUCAAGAUCGGGGCAGGGACUCUUGCUGACGAUGGUGCUCGUGCAGAACUCCUUGACAAUGCCACCAGCCCUAGCCGAGAAAUCUCCAAUCAUUGGACAAAGGGGUGGAAAGGAGGAUCAAACAGUAGCAGCAGCAGCAACAAUAGCAUCAGGGCGACAUUUGCCUCGCCCACACCGACUACGACGCGAAGAAUAUCCAUUCUCGCGAGGAGACCGCCAACGUCACCAACAGCCGCUGACCGAGCAGGAGCGUAUUCCAUAUGCCCGUGUAUCAUCACGGAACCACCAUGACCAGCAGGAGUGGGGGCAAGAGCACCGAAAACUGGACAGAGCAACAGAAGGGGAUUCAAAGCUCUCCUUCAAACCAGAGAUCUCAGAAAAUGGGAAUAGUCCCUUGCCACACAUCUACCGCGCUGCCACCACACCUCCAACCAACGGUACGUGUCCGGUUACCCUCCAUAAAUCCAACGCUGCGGUACUGCGAGAAGACCGGGACAACGCCGGGCCGUCGACUGUGAUUGCCGGCGCCUUGUCUGUGUGGGAAAGGCUGCGGCAGGCCUCAACCGCAUCAUCUCGACUGCGAUGCCCGAGCCCGCCGUGCUGUCUUGGGAUGCACGCACACACGUACCAGGGGGGCGACCUCGGAGAGGAGAUGUCGCACAUCCAGGGAGCCGUUGUGGUCCGCCGGCCCGAUCUGGUGCGGGCCCCCGGAUCCCUGGCGCCUGCCCACGACCUUGACUUCGUCAAGACGUUUCAGUCCUAUUUCCCGAUCUCGCAAACCUCGCUGCUAAGGCGAUUGGUUGAGGCCGACGAGUUCAACUUGACGUCCACGACCGAGCACGUGCUUCCGGCGUUUAAGGAGCUAUUUGUUGCCACUUCUUUCUUAGGUGCCGUUCGCGAGGGCAACCCUGCCGCAGCGGAGCUAUUGACCCCGUACUGUUCGGGAGAGGACCCAAGGCAAGACAUCGAGGAGUGCGUGAGGAUUCCUACGUUGGUCAGCAUGGCAAACGUGUACACUAACAAGAAGGGGGCCGUGUGGAACGAGAAUGAUUAUAUUAUACCGGUGAAUUGUCAGGGACCAGUACGCCGUGAGCUCGAUUUCGUUCGACGAAUAUCCGCGCAUGGUUUGCCAAGAAGCCUCCUAAACUACGACAAGGUGUUCGUGAUGACCCAGGAGUGGACCCCAAACUACUACCACUUUACGGUGGAACAUCUUCCGCGGAUCACAUUGGCGCUUGAUAUCCUUCUCGAAAACCCUGAAAUCGCGAUCUCAAUGCAUUACUACCAGCGCGACCCACUCCAUCAGGACAUUUCGGCAGUGCAGGAAGUUCAAAUGGAGAUGCUUGAGAUUCUGGGAAUCAACAGAAAGCGCGUCGUCUUCGUCAAUAGAGAGAUGCAUGCAGAACUAGCAAUCGUACCGACUAGUACUAACUGCGGCGACCCCGACCUGCAGAUGGUCAACAUGCUCAGGAACAGAUUCUUGCAGGGCCUUUUCCCGACCACGAAUGGCCUUCCUCCUGCGCCACCCCGCCCGGUGAUUGUGCUCGUUGUGCGCAACAAACUUCGGGGCCUGAUGAACAAUGAAGAGGUGAAAGAGGCCCUGGAGAGAAAUUUUCCGAGCUUCAGCGUGGUGGAGUUCUUCGGCACAGGUUCCGUCCGUGACCAGCUCGAGACCUUCGCAACCGCGGCCAUGAUCAUUGCUCCCCACGGGGCCGGACUUGCCAACAUGAUGGUCGCGCCCCUGCACACUCCGGUGCUGGAGAUAGGGACGUUAGCGUGCCCCCCCUGCUUCUUGAGGCUCGCGUUGAAGCUCCACCACAUCUACGCGAGACAUCCCGGCGGCGAGUGGUCACAGAAGUGCCAUACAUGGUUCCACCCAGACGUCGAUGAAGUCGUCGAAUUAGCAAGGGAUCUCCUCGAGGCAAAAGGCCAGGCAGAGAAUGCCCUGGAGCCCUGAAGUAGCAGAAGGUCAUCAAGAACACCAGCAAUUUUCACGGUCCACCUCCGCCCGGCUUCACCGUUUCUGGGAAUCCUCUCAGUUACCCAUGUUAGACUUCCUAUCGUACGCACGGUCGCGUCCUUCACAGCCGGGACGGAACGCCUCAAAUGUGUGCCAAGGCACCGGGACCGGGCGGGGGGGCUUUUUCCCUACUUCAGCCGAUCCAGGUAUGCCCUCUCGGGUGUGGAGGACUAGGUCAUCUCCGUAAUCCGUCGGCGAAGCUUCAUCGCCCUCUUGCAUGGCGAUGUACACCUCCCAUUGAGGAAGGACAUUCAAUAAAGUGUGCUUUCUCAAGUAUUGCUUGUGUACGUACUUGUAGUUGGCCUAUAUUGUUUGUCGAUUCGUGAUGCUUUACGCUUUGUGUGUGGUCGUUCAUGCGCGUUUGAUUUCCGUGAUUAUGAUGUAUAGCCCGCGCUAAGCAGCUAACCGAAAUCAGGCCAAUAAACAACACGUUAGGUCCAGGGUCCUCUGGCAGUGCAUGUCUUGUGUUUUUUUGUGAGCGUCACCCGUGAUGCUCACCUGGUAAACGAACCGGCGUCUUUUUCCUGGACAAAUAUCGCGAAAGCGCCUUGUAGGCCUCGGGCUGGGGGACCGACCAAUGAAAUAUGGGAACACGCUUUCGAUCAUCGGGGUCCCCCGACAGAGGGGGUUCUAACGAAUGUUCCCAGAUAAAUGUUGGCCUGCUGAUGACCCAUGUUGGUUUGGAUCAAAUUGCUUUUUGUGGGUUGUUCGAUGGCAGCAGUUUCGAUGGUGUAUUGGACUCCUGCUCCCUUCGGGAUAUUUUCCUUGUCUCUUUCAUUUUCUAGUAAUGUGCUGGCGCUUCCGUUGUUACUUAGCACGUGACACGGACCAGAUUGCUCAGGUGAUACCAUCUGAUGAAGAGUAAGAAACUAACAAUAGCGUUGAUUUCUUGCAAUUUUGUGCUUUUCACUGAGACCCUAACCCUUGGGUAUGACGGACUGAAGACCGUGUGCACCUCCUCGUGUUCCUGAUGACGUGUUUAUCGCGCCAUUGUCCACCUGGAUCUUGUGGCAAAUCGAUAGAUCAUUCUUCUCUUAAUGCGUAGAUCCUGAAUGGAACUAUCCACGUUAUUGCUCAUUUCGUUAUGUUGGGAUGAAUUGUUCAGUGUAGCCAUGCGUACGAGGCGUGCGUAACGCGUUUCAUGUCAUUCUGAGCAAGGGAUAGUUGUUAAGAAUGCUCGCGGGAAUGACAACCGAGCCCUCUCGUUAUGAAAUGCAGGCAUGUAAAUCCUUUGUUUGUCUUAGGACUGAUCUCUUGAGAUCGGGAGGCAAGGCGUAGCGUAGAUAGAACCUACGAGCGCGUGCUGGUCUGGUUGAAUGAUGACUAAGUACCUCAUGUUGGCUCAGCUUUCGAUUUUGGGCCAUGGGACCUACUUAAUCUUUUGCGCUUUUGCGCGCCACGUUGUUUGUUGUCGACGUAAUGGUGGCGUUCAAUGUCUUUUUCGGAAAUGCGUUUUCUUUUCGGUGGGAUUUCCCAGUUAGCCACCGAAACCCUUGUUUUUCCUUGUAAGGGGACGGAAGGCAAGGUAAUAGCUAAUCGGUUCCACUGGUGUACGAAAGUGAAGACAACCAAAUUAUGACAGUCGACGACGAGAAGGCGCCAUGACCGCGCCAGCACUGGGCGCGCAACGCGGCGCUUAGCAGCGUAGACUAUGUGCCUUGCUCUCCCUCCACGCGUAUAUCGGAGAUUAGCCCCCGGUGGCAGGUCAUAGCUACCGCACUCCGGACCCUAUGCUCUCCCAGAGUCGAGGUUUCCAUCUUGUGUUGUGACAAGAGGAAAUAGUCCUCGACCGACGUUGGGGGAACAUGUGCUUUGGGGAUCUCCACAUUGUUGUUGAGUCUUGUUGGUUGCUAGGCAAGAAAGCUUAAGGGGUAACCGGAACCCGACUGGCUGGUGGCGAUUCGGUUCAAACGCCGGACGUCCUCCUGCAGGUAACAUUUCAAAUGUCGUCGUCACGAUCAUAGUCC